AUGGAUCUUGAGACCAUUGCUGGGAUGUUGUUCUGGAAAAUUUACCUCCCGAAGUCAAAAAAAGAAAUAGAAUUCAAGUCAGAUGUUAGUUGUAAAGAUUUUAUAGUCACUACACUCGAGAAUGGUAUCACUCUGAAUAUUCUGGGAGAUUUCUUUGGAAGUGUUUCGUGUAUCUAUGGUGGUGACAGUGUAAAGAUUAUCGUUGUCACUGAAGCUCUUGUGGAGGGCGUCGACUUCUUUCCUCCCAUCUUUCCUGAUGAUGCUGUGGAAUUGUUUGAUAGUGAUGAUGGAUGUUCACAGCGGAUUUACUCAAGUACUGGUAUUCCCUUUGGAGCUUCAGCACACCAAUACGUUCAUGUCUGCACGAAUGGCAUGCUGACUGUUGGCACUCCACCUCUCUUACUUGGUACAGCACAAGAACAAUUCCCUACAUCCGAUACCAGAAUCAGCCAAUCAAAUUUGCUCGUUCCAUUCUGGAAUGACCACGAUGGCCGAGACCCUGUGUCUAGCGUAACAUACAGAGUGUACGGUGGUGCUACCGGGGAUCCUGAUUUUAUGCAUAAUGUGAGCUCCUUCAUUUCAAAAUACAUCGAUGCUGAACUAUUUGAACCUACCUGGAUGCUAGUAGCCUCCUGGAGGGGUGUUCCUCCGUAUCCUCACACUGCAACAGACAGGGGAAGAAAUUCGUUUGAAGCCAUUAUCAUAACUGAUGGUGUAGUAACGUUUGCUGUGUACACGUAUAUCUGUGAUGAUCUGCAAUGGGGUCAGUCGCAGGAUGGUGACUAUUCUACCAUCGGCUACAACAUCAAUCCGGCCUCAUUUUUUGGUAGUGAUAGCAAAGAAUUACCUUCCUUCCACGAUCAUCGUCUUUCAAACCUUCCCAUGAGCGAGAUGAUUGCAUGUUCUAGCCUUGCUAGAGGAUCACGUUAUCAUAACGAGGUUUAUUUUGUCGGCCGGUCUAAAGAUACCACGCAAUUGGCACGUGCAGAAUGUACAAGCACUAUCAACAACGAUACCUUGUAUAGUGACAUCAUUGAUGGAACCACACUAAAAGAUGGAUGCCCUUGCAACUCGGCUCAAGCAUCAAGAGACUUUGCCUUUCGUUUCAUUGAUAUGUUUGAGUUGACAUUGGACACUGUGUAUGCUGGCCAGUUCUGUGUGACUCCAUCAUUCUCACAGACAAACACCAUUCUCUGUUGCUAUGGACGGAACAGUGGAGCUCUCAACAAUGUCAGUGGUAUCAGUGGAGUGGUGGCGUAUAGUCCUAGCUUAUUCCCAAGAGAGUUUCUUGAUAAUGAUUUCAACUUGCGUCACAAAUGCAGCAUAGGAGGUGAAGCUGACACACUGUACAGGACUAGACGACCUCCAGUGACCUGCGACACGUAUUCCCCACCAAGAAGAACCUUCUGUACGGGUGAUCCUCAUCUCACCAACCUUGAUGGAGCUAAGUUCACAUUUAACGGUUGGGGAGAGUACAUUCUACUGGAGUUGGAGACUGAUGACACCACAUUCUGGGUGCAAGCUCGUAUGCAACCAAUCACAGAUUCUCUGGCUACUGAAUUAGGUGGUUUUGCUUUCGCUAUGAGCAGGGACACUCCUGUUGAAAUACGCCUGAAUGCGUCUAGACAGCUUGAGAUCCUAAUCAGUGGAGAAGAUGUAACGGACCAGCUGGUCAACGUCAGCUCUUCUAUAUCCACUGACCUCUAUUCUGUAUCUCGAAGCAGUUCCAAUUCCAUUCUGGCCACGUUCCCGAAUGGAAUGGGAUUAAUGGUGAAUCUCUCGAGCAUGCUCACCUUCACAGUUAUCAUCCCUGAUGCCUUCCGUGGACUAACUAGAGGAAUGGUUGGGAACUACAACGGUAAUGUCACUGAUGAUGUCGUAUUCCGAAACGGAACAAUGGUGCCUAUUAGCGAAUUUUCCUUUCGGAUACUACAUCAAGUAGGACUGUCAUGGCAAGUGGAUGCUUCGGAGUCUCUCUUUACUUAUCCUGAUGGCAUGACUGCUGCAGACUUUGCUGUCCUUGACCACGAUCCACCCUACCUGGAUGAAGUGGUAGCCAAUGCGUCAGCAGAAGUGCUUAAAAUGUGUGGAGAUAAUGUCGAGUGUAUUUUUGACUCUAUAGAAACAGGGGAUAUCAAUAUCGGCCUUGAAACCGUGACAAUGAUUUCCAUUAUUGAUGAAGAUGAGAAGCAAGCAUCCAACUUCCCUCCUCUCAUCUACGGCCCUGUGAGCCUCUAUGUUACGCUGGGGGAAGAGGCUGUACUGGUGUUCAAUGUGACUGAUGACAAGGGCAGUAUCAACGUUACACUGGUGGAUGGACUGCCAGCUGGGGCCACUCUACUGCCUACUCCUAAGGGUGACUAUACAAUGGAGUUCACCUUCAGGUUGGAACUUAAUGCGAUUGCCGAUAUUUCUCUCGUGUUUUUGGCCACUGAUGAGCUGGAUGCUGGGUCAACUCUGGAAGUGCAGAUUAUGAUCUGUGCUUGUGAGAAUAAUGGCAACUGCACGCUGGAGGGAGUGGUGGAUCAGAGUGCUAAUACUGUCGUCUCCAACUGUGUAUGCCCUCAAGGUUGGGAGGGUGACUUCUGUGAGGCUGACGUUGACGGCUGUGCCAACUUUGACUGUUUCAUGAGUGUGGAUUGUGUGGACGUCCCUGCUCCAGGAGUGGGGGCAAUGUGUGGUCCAUGCCCUCCAGGGUAUCUUGGAGACGGGUCAAAGUGCGCUGAUAUCGACGAGUGUAAUGGUAUCCAUGGUUGUGCUCAACUGUGUGUCAACCAACCGGGAAGCUUCGAGUGUACCUGUUACCCUGGUUACGAGCUCGUUAGUCAAACACAAUGUAUAGAUAUUGACGAGUGCUCUUUGCUCAAUGGUGGUUGUCAUCAAGUCUACACCAACACUAUUGGAGGGUUUGAUUGCAGCUGUAAUGAAGGGUACACCAUCAACACUGACAACAAAACAUGCCAAGUUGACCCAAUAGCGAUGUGUGAUGCUAGUAACAGCUGUGUCCAAUCAUGUGUGAGAUUAUCCGGAGUGGAAACAUGCGGCUGUCUCCCUGGUUACGAACUGGCGUCCAAUGGGAUGAAUUGCACAAAUAUCAACGAGUGUCAGGAGAAUCCAUGUGAGCAGAUCUGCACUGACUUGGAGAGAGGUUACGAAUGCUCGUGUCGUGAGGGAUACCAGCUGUUGCCUGGGGGGAGAUGUACCGAUAUCAACGAGUGUUUGGUGGCAGCUCUGGACAUAUUUGCCCCUGACCUUUGUGGACCCUCCAUGUUCUGUGUGAAUGUUGAGGGUAACUACAGUUGUGAGUGUCCGGCUGGUACACUACUAGUGGAGGGAGUGUGUGAAGCUGAGAACGUGCUAACCACCACUGCUGCACCACCAGUGACGACUGUACCUGAUGACACUGACACUAUUCCUACUGAUGCUAUUCCUAAUGCCGUUGUCGUGGAGAUCAACGGAUUUACUCCUUCCACGUUUACUCCUGAGAAUCAGAGGCGCUUCAGAGAAGCCACAGCAGAUGCUGUCAAUGGAUACUGUGAGGAAAAUGAGUGUCUCGUAGUAUUCCCGGACCCUCAGGCAAGAGCGAGGAGGAACACUCUCACCGCUGACAACCUCUACAUUGCUGGCAUCACUAGCACUGGAAAUUCUAGAGUCAGCUUCAGCUUGUAUGCUCGUUUGGGUGGUGGCAUCCUCAGCGGCAGUGCCUUGGCAACGGCUGUACUGGAUCACCGUGACGAGUACGCAGCCCUAGGCUUUAAUGUGGCUAGUGUACAGCUGCCUACAGAGUCAACCACCAUUCUGACAACUAACCAGAUCAUUGGUAUAGCGGUGGGAGUUGUUCUUGGACUAAUCUUAAUACUGGCCGUUAUUCUGAUUAUUAUCACAUGUUGUUGUGUGAAGCAUCGAUCAGGACAACCCAAGAAUGGAGGAGACCUCACCAAUGUUGGCACUAGCCUGGACAUGAAGCCAAUACCCCACGAGGGCCUCGAAGAACAAGCCGUGGGACUAGAGUCUGAUCGUGAGGAGAAGGAAGGGGAUCUCGACUAUGAGAGAUAUAAGACCAUUAAAUAAACUGUUAAUUUAGUA